GUGCGUGUCGCCCGCGCUAAUUCGUUUGCCUGACAGUAGGGGUAGAGGCCUGGUGCUGACUGCUCGGCGGGACCGAGGACCGACCGCAGCCCAGAAAUACAAACAAUACAACAGGCUGCGGGACAUACUCGCGGGCAAGAUAGAGAUGCCGCCACCGGGUUCAACCGAAAUCUCCCGCGGAAGCACGCACGGAAACAGCCGCAGACUCGAGCAGUCGCGCAAACGGGCGCACCCUGAGGCACAGGCAGAGGCACAUGCGCAUCCGCGGACCCCCUCCAAGAGACCCCGGCCAGCGCAUACUGGGACUACCUCGGCCAUCACUGCUGCUCCCGCACUCACCCCGUCCCUGGACCGCACAGCGUCCACUCCUGUCGCAGCAGUGCCAACCUCCAUCAGCCCGACGCCGCAGAAAGACGGCCGCGUCCUCGGGCUCUUUGACCUCCUCGCCGGCACACCCUCCAGGUCCGCGACCAUCCCCGAUGGCCUCGCCGCCGCCGUAGCUGCCACCACUCCCUCCGCCUCUGCCGCGACACCAAGCAAACGCCGCAGCACCGCCGACCCUCUCCCACCAACACUUGCAGCAGCAGUCACACCCACCACCGCCCGCUUUGCCUCCACCCCGCGAACCAAGCGUACUGCCCAGCUCCUCUUUCCCAAGUCAGGAGCGGCAGCACAAGCAACCGCAACGCCGCUCCAGGAACGCCGCGACAAAGGAAACGCCAACGCCGCGUUCAAAACCCCCACCACGACCCGCGUCUCCUCAGAGACCAAGCUGGGCUUCACCCCGACGAGCAGCACGCCCUCCUUUCUCCGCCGCCGGACCGUCGGCUACACAGCCACCGUCGCGGGCCUUUCACGCGUGGAUGAGCACGGCGCAGACAAGAACGCCGCCGGCGAGGAUGAGGCCGGUGACGGUGAAGACUCGUGGAAGAGCGUUGGGCCGCUGCGGCUGCCGCGUAAGCUGGUCGGGCUGGGCAGGAGCCUGAGCAGCGUCGUGGCGGGACUGCGCAAGAUGGAGGAGGAGGCGUUUAACGACGAGGAGGAGGUCCUGCGGGAGAUGGAGAGGGAGACGGGAAUUGGAAGGACGGAGAGAGUAAUUGGGAGGAAGGAAGCAGUUCAAGAGGCCGUCGAGGUGGCUGACAGCCAGCGUCACCUUGGAGGUGCGCCCAGAGAAAGCGAUAUCCUGGAGAAGCAGCCGGUGGCCUUGCUCUCCGGUUUUGAUGACGAGGCACUCGCCGACGGGGUCGACGGUGACAACAACCCCACGCAGGAGCCGCCGCUGCGUAAGUUCAAGAAGCGCGGCCCGAAACGCACCACGCGACUGGUCAACAUGCGCCCGACGCGGACGAAGCGGCCGGCGCAAGCUACCGGAGAGGAAGAGGAAGACGAGGACGAGGACGAGUUCGUCCCGGAAACACAAUUCAACGCGUCCAAACCCGCACCCCUGCCGACAACAGCAACAGACGAAACAGCCGACGACGACCUGCGCCUCUCCGACCCCGACUCCGCCUCACUUUCAGACCCCGACUUCUCCGGCUCUGAAUCCGAGCACGAAGAACGGCAACGACGACAGUACCGAAGCAAGGGAGACCAGGCAACAACAUUAGUGACAAGACCCAAGCAGCAGACCGGACCCAGCGACAAGAGCAACAACAACAGCAACAAAAAGCAGCCAUCCGAAGCCGCCGGCUCCGGCCCGGGCAUUGUCAAGCGCGCGGCGCGCAAGGUCAAGGCGACGGCCCACGCCAAUUUCAGGCGGCUCAAGCUGCGCAACUCGGGGGCCAAGGGCGGGCAGGGGCAGGGCGGGCGGUGGAGGCGGCGGCGGUGAGAUGAGCUGUCGGGAUCUUCAAUUGGUUUGCGCUGCCUCGCGAUGGGUCGAUUUUAUCCCCUUCAUCACACAGCUCUCGUCCU